AAUUAUUCGGUUGCUGCUGCCCCGAUCGUGAGGGUGGUGAGGAAUGGAGGAUCGUCCCAUGCCCUGUAGGCAUCCAGUGCAUCAUCAUCUAGGAGAGUGCGCAGGCAGAUUCUUUGCUCUUCUGCAGACCAUAUCGCAAUUGUUCUCAUUCGGGAUACCGGGGCCUCCAACAGUUCUGGCUAGUGAACUAGGUGAUGUGGUCGUCAGACGAGUCUUGAUUCGGUUCCGGUUUAUAGAUAAUGAGAACAGGUGUCACCCCUUUGGGGAAGGAGGGGUCCUGCGGGAACACUGUGCCUAUGGCUCCCUAAUCACCCUGCUGGGCGAUGUGGUUGCGGAGCAUCUGCCUGGACAGUCUGGUCGACAUUUGGGGUAUCUCGUGUCUCCAUCCUUGGAUCGUGAGGCCCGGUGGCGCUUCAGGUGUGUGUUUGAGAUGGCGGCUGGCGAUCCUGGGCACCCGGGGGGUAGCACUUUUAAGACCAAUCUGCCAAGCCCCUCCCGUGCGGCUACAGCGUAUUGGCAGAAUCGCCACCCCAUCUUUCAUUAUUUCCACGGUCCCCCUUGGCCCCUGGCUGACCGCAGUGGUGAGGCGAUCCCGAAAGAAGUCCAAAUCGGUGGAGAGGUGACCUCUGAGGGCACAACCAUAGCACCAAGGGGCGUGUGGGUGGUUUACUUGCACCGCAUAGGUUUUGCCAUCCUAGAAGAAGGACCAUUGGCUGUUGACCGGGAACCCUUUGGCCGGGUCCCAGUCGACGGCCACGAGGAGGGUGUCGUCCCGUUUGGGGAGGAAUUGGGGUUGGCCUGUUAUGGAGGUGAGCACUGGGCAAUUGCACUUGAUCGUUUGAGCGAGAAGGUGGACGGCGGCGGCGAAUUUGCCGGGCGGGAACCAGGAGCGCAAAAAAAGUUGGCGUCGAAAAUGGUCGGGACGGCGACUCUCGUCGGGGCCGCUCUUGGGCUCGGCGCGCAAAUGUACAGCAACGCUGUGCGCAAGUUGCCAUUGAUGCGACACCCAUGGGAACACCUUCUGGCUAUUGGGCUAGGAGGAACGUUCGGGUCGGCGGUUGUCAAAUGGGAGCAGGGAAUGGCUGAGCAGGUGGAGAAGACGCUAGCAGAAACCAAGGAGGCAAACAGAAAGAGGUUCUUAGGUACAAUGCGUGUUGAACAUUGAAGGAGCCCUCAAACAGUGCAGUCGCGCAUAGUCGCCGCCAUAAAGUGCUCUCAUGCAUAUUUUCUGUGUGUGUGUGUGUGUGUGUGUGUGUGUGUGUGUGUGUGUGUGUGUGUGUGCAGUCGCGAAUAGUGGCCGCCAUAAAGUGCUCUCAUGCAUAUUUUGUGUGUGUGUGUGUGUGUGUGUGUGUGUGUGUGUGUGUGUGUGUGUGUGUGUGUGUGUGUGUG